AUGUAUUCAACAAAUACUGGAAAAUUUACUACAGAAAAAACUGAUGGCGAUGAUACCAAUGAGAUUGGUUAUCGUCAAUCGAGGGAAAAUGAUCAAAUCGAUCAAAAGUAUGGAUUCGAACGUGUAAAAGAUACGCAGGAACGAACGGGAUAUUUAAUCAAUAUACACUCGACGAAAAUCUUGAAUGAAGAUCGCCGGCUAGUUGCUGCGUUGGAUAUGUAUUUCCUGCAAAUGGAUGGAAGUCGUUACAAAACAACGGUUAUAUACGCACCCUACCUCCUACUGAUAACGCGCGAUGGACACUCGCUGGAAGUGGCAAAGUUCUUAAGCAAGAAAUAUUCUGGUCAACUGUUGAGUGUCGAGCAUAUUCAGAAAGAAGAUCUCGACCUGCCGAACCACCUCAGUGGCUUAAAACAAAACAUGUUGAAACUUAGCUUUCCCAACACGACACAGAUGAACAAAGUAAAACGUGAUCUAAAUAAUGCGGUGCAGAAAAAUCGGGAACGAGAAAAAACCAAUACAUACUACAUGCAAAUGUUGAGUGUGUCCCUGUCGACGGCGAUCCGAUUUGAGGACGCGGAAGGCGAGGGUAGUAAACCCAAUCAGAACGUGGAUUUUUAUGAUUAUAUUGUCGAUAUGCGAGAGCAUGAUGUCCCGUAUCACGUACGAGUGUCAAUUGAUUUAAACAUUUUUUGCGGCACGUGGUACACGAUUCGCUGCCGCGGAUCAGACGAACCACCAAUCAUUACACCUCGACCGGAUAUUCUCGAUCGCCCUGAACCGGUCGUACUGGCGUUUGACAUAGAAACGACAAAGCUUCCCCUUAAGUUUCCCGAUGCUCAAACUGAUCAGAUUAUGAUGAUCUCGUACAUGAUUGAUGGGCAAGGAUAUCUGAUCACAAAUCGCGAAAUCAUUAGUGGAGACGUCGAUGAUUUCGAGUAUACGCCUAAGCCCGAAUUCGAAGGUAACUUCAUAGUUUUUAACGAAUCCAAUGAGCUAGGUUUGUUGCAGAAAUUUUUCGAUCAUAUUCUGGACGUGAAGCCGCACAUUUUCGUCACAUACAAUGGAGACUUCUUCGACUGGCCGUUCGUCGAAACUCGUGCUGCUGUAUAUGAUUUGGACAUGCGUCGAGAGAUAGGAUUCUCCAAAGCAAAUGGGCGCGAUGGCAACUAUUUGUGCCGUCCCGCUAUGCAUCUGGAUUGUCUAUGUUGGGUGAAACGAGAUUCGUACCUUCCCGUCGGUUCGCAAGGGUUGAAAGCAGUCGCUAAGAGUAAACUUCGGUACGAUCCGGUUGAGUUAGAUCCCGAAGAAAUGUGUCGAAUGGCGGUUGAGCAACCACAGGUACUGGCCAACUACUCUGUGUCCGAUGCGGUAGCUACGUACUACCUCUACAUGAAGUAUGUCCACCCCUUCAUAUUUGCUUUAGCGACAAUUAUCCCAAUGGAACCGGAUGAAAUUUUGCGUAAAGGUUCGGGAACUCUUUGUGAAUCGCUUCUGAUGAAGGAAGCAUUUAACGUGAAUAUCGUGUUCCCCAACAAGCAGAUUUCAGAGCUCAAUAAGCUUACCUCCGACGGGCACGUACUGGACUCGGAAACAUACGUCGGUGGACACGUGGAAGCUCUAGAAUCUGGCGUUUUUCGUGCUGAUAUUAGCACUCGCUUUCGAUUGGAUCCGGACAUGAUCCGUCAACUGCAGCAGAACGUAGACAAGGUGCUCGAGCAUGCAAUUGUCACCGAAGAAGGAGUUCCAUUGUCCGACGUAACGAAUUUGAAUGAAAUCAAGAGCGAAAUUGACUGUGCUUUGCAACAAUUGCACGAUAUUCCGACUCGCCUCGAACAGCCGGUUAUUUAUCACCUUGAUGUUGGAGCCAUGUAUCCGAACAUAAUCCUCACCAAUCGGCUUCAACCGUCGUCGAUGAUAAGCGAUGCGGAUUGUGCCGCGUGUGAUUAUAACAAACCGGACGCAAAGUGCAAACGAGACAUGGAGUGGUUGUGGCGCGGCGAAAUGCUCCCGGCAAGCCGUAACGAAUUCCAGCGCAUUCAACAGCAGCUUGAAACUGAAAAAUUCCCACCCCUCUUUCCUGGCGGGGCACAACGCGCCUUUCACGAAUUGUCGCGGGACGAUCAGGCGAACUACGAGAAGAAACGGUUGGCCGAUUACUGCCGCAAAGCGUACAAAAAAACCAAGGUAACGCGGUUAGAGACUAGAACGUCCACCAUCUGCCAGCAGGAAAACAGUUUCUACGUUGAUACGGUGCGUGCAUUUCGCGAUAGGCGCUACGAGUACAAAGCCCUCACUAAGGUUGCGAAAUCGGCCGUUGCGACGGCACAGAAGAGUGGCGAUGCUGGUGAAGUAAAAGCAGCCAAAGGGCGGGAAGUGUUGUACGAUUCGUUGCAACUUGCGCACAAGUGUAUCCUUAAUUCGUUCUAUGGAUAUGUCAUGCGAAAAGGAGCUCGGUGGCACAGUAUGCCGAUGGCGGGUAUUGUGUGUUUGACUGGCUCGAACAUCAUCACGAAAGCGCGCGAAAUCAUCGAACGAGUUGGGCGCCCGCUCGAGCUCGAUACCGAUGGUAUUUGGUGCAUCUUGCCCGCAUCGUUUCCCCAGGAGUUUACGAUACAAACAAACAACCAGAAAAAGAAAACAAUUAACGUAUCCUACCCAAACGCUGUCCUUAACACGAUGGUGAAAGAUCACUUUACCAACGAUCAGUACCACGUGCUGGAACGACCGCAUACCUCAGACGGCAGUGCGGCGGAGUACUCCAUUCGUUCAGAAAACUCCAUCUUCUUCGAGGUGGAUGGUCCCUAUUUGGCGAUGGUACUUCCUGCCGCAAAGGAAGAAGGCAAAAAGCUGAAAAAACGCUAUGCUGUAUUCAAUUUCGAUGGUUCGUUAGCAGAACUGAAGGGGUUCGAAGUAAAGCGGCGAGGUGAGUUGCAGCUGAUUAAAAUCUUUCAAUCGUCCGUCUUCGAAGCGUUCCUGCAGGGGUCUACCUUAGAGCAAUGUUACGCGUCGGUGGCCAAAAUAGCCGAUUAUUGGUUGGAUGUACUUUACAGCAAGGGGCACAAUAUGCCCGACAGUGAACUGUUUGAGCUGAUCUCCGAAAAUCGGUCCAUGUCACGGAAGCUCGAGGACUAUGGGCAGCAGAAAUCGACUUCUAUUUCCACCGCAAAAAGACUGGCCGAGUUUUUGGGCGACCAGAUGGUGAAGGACGCUGGACUAGCGUGCAAAUUUAUCAUCUCUCGCAAGCCGGAAGGUGCUCCCGUCACUGAGCGGGCGAUCCCGUUGGCGAUAUUUCAAUCCGAGUUGAGCGUAAGACGACACUAUCUUCGUCGUUGGUUAAAGGACAACACGAUGGGCGAUGCAGACAUCCGGGACGUGUUGGAUUGGAACUACUACAUUGAGCGUCUAGGAGGAACAAUUCAAAAGAUUAUUACAAUUCCUGCUGCACUGCAGGGACUGAACAAUCCCGUGCCACGGGUGCAGCAUCCCGAUUGGUUGCAUAAGAAAAUGCUCGAGAAAAACGACACACUAAAGCAGCGUCGUAUAAGUGAAAUGUUUAGCGCAGCUCCACCUAAACCAGCAACUUGCUCAAGCGAACCACCUGACGUGGAAGACCUUGUCCGUAAACAGUCCAAUGGUGGUCUUUCGGGCAUUCCCAUGGCCCACAAACGUCGUCGAGAAGGCUCUACGGAUGGGGAAGAGUGUCCCAGCGUUGAAGCUGCCGAAACCUUCCCGAAAACGUGGCGAGAUGCCCUAGGGAAUCCUCCUUCUCCCGGUACUAACCGCACCGAAUUAGUCGAGUGGCUACAAUUCCAUAAGCGCAAGUGGCGUUGGCAGUUAUCCCAGCGCAACCGCGACCGACGCGAUGUUCGCAAUAGCAAACGGCUUCGCACGGAAGUGGGCGAAAGUAUCACCGCUGGUGUAUCGUCACGAGCUACAACGUUGGGCGGAUUCCUGCGCAAAACGCAACGCUCAUUGAUUGAGCAAAGUUGGCAAAUCAUCCAGUUAUUGCCGGUCGACGAUCUAGGCAAUUUUACUGUGUGGGCCAUGGUUGGCGACGAGCUGCAUAAGAUUCGCCUAACGGUGCCGCGUAUAUUUUACGUAAACCAACGUACGCCUGCUCCUUCGGAAAACGUCGAAGGAGCAGGACGAUCACGGUCUAUGUGGAAAAAGGUCCACCGCGUGUUGCCCCGCGCACGGGCCGUGCAUCAUCUCUAUCAGUAUGUGGUACCGGAGCAAGUAUUUCGUGACAAUCGUUUGGGCUUGCUGGCUGAUCUGGCGACACCUGAUAUUGAGGGAAUUUACGAGACACAAAUGACGCUAGAGUUCCGGGCUCUCAUGGAUCUCGGCUGUGUAUGUGCAGUUCAGCGGUCAGAAGCACGAGCACUAGCAGCGUUGGCAACGAAGGAACUGGAUUCAUUUAACAUACAACAGCUCGAGAUGCGCGAUGUAUCUGUUACACCAUACUUGAAGCAUCCGACGAACGAUGGAAUAAACAUGCGCAAGAUAUUUCUUUACCAGCACGUAUCUCCGACGGGCAAGCGAGAAAUGUGGGGCCUAUUCUGUCCCGCUAAUAAGAAGGCUCUCAUCAUUGUCCUGGACACCGUUCGGACAAAUCAGCUUCCGACACUAAAAAAUUUGUACACGUCUGAGAGGACUGCUCUUCUGACAGGCGGCGAAGAUACGAUUGAAACAAUGUUACCACCGGCAGAUAUUUCUUUCGAUGUUUGCAUGGAGAUCGAUGCAAAGCAGGUGUAUCAGCGUAUAACGCGCGCUCUAACGGCGUACAAAGAUGAGAAGCGUGGCCCGACGCUGCUUUGCCUGCAGGUGGCAGUUGGAAUGCACAAGUUGAACCAAAUGCUCCCAAUAUGCCUAGAGUUUCCUGAAGCUCCUAUUCAUAUUGCCGACGAUGCAACGCUGUUGUACGGGCUUGAUUGGCAGCGGCAUGGUGCUCGGUCGAUGAUAAGACAUUUCCUUAAUUUGAGUCGCGUGCUACAGAUGAUGCUUGAGCAAUGCCGCUAUUUUCAGCUACCGCUAGGCAACAUGCCGCCCGACACGGUACUUUUCGGCGCGGAUUUGUUUUACGCGCGACUUCUCCAGCGACAUAACUUCGUCCUGUGGUGUUCCUCUGGUGCACGUCCCGAUCUCGGAGGGCGCGAAGCUGACGACAGUCGUUUGCUAGCUGAGUUUGAGGAUAACAUCUCGAUCGUACAAAAUCGGGCCGGACUGCAUCGUACCGUAUGCGUUGAGCUAAAUGUGGAAAGUUUAGCCGUUUCCGCCUUGCUCCAGGCGAGCAAAGUGCAAGAACUUGAGGGCACCUCCUCUGCAAUUACCUUCGAUGUCAUACCGCAAGCAUCGCUGGAAGAAAUGAUUGCUAAUGGAACUGGCGGGCAGCAGCUUUCUAGCUACGACGAAACGGCGCUCUGCAGUCAGGCAUUUCGGAUAAUGCGCACGAUGGUGAACACGUGGUUGCGCGAGGUGUCCGUCAAUCGUAACGUGUUUUCGGAUUUCCAGAUCAUUCAUUUCUACCGUUGGGUACGAUCCAGUCGGGCCCUUCUGUACGAUCCAGCGCUGCGACGUGCGCUCAAUACGAUAAUGCGCAAACUGUUCUUGCAGAUCGUGGCCGAAUUUCGGCGCAUGAAAGCGGAAAUUAUUUACGCCGAUUUUAAUAGGAUUGUGAUUGACACCGGCAAACGAACGAUCGUUGAUGCGAUCAGCUACACAGAUUUCGUGGUGCAAAACAUCCGCAAUCGUGAGUUAUUCCACAGCGUAUCGUUGUCCUUCCACCAGGCAUGGGAAUUUUUGCUGUGGAUUGAUCCAACGAAUUACGGCGGAAUAAAAGGAAAUGUACCGAAAGAAGCGAUUACAUCGGGGGAAACAAAUAGCCUCGAAACGCAAGAGGAGCCAGAUGAUGAAGAGCUGGCGCUGGAGAUGAACUGGAGCAUCUCUGAACAGCUGCCGGAGGAUAGAAAAUGUCGCGCGAAUUUUGAACGCUUUAUCGUCUCCUUUCUACAGACCAUGGUAGAAGGCGUUACCCCAGAAGUUGGACUCAAAAAAAUGGCAUGUAUGGCGUACGGAAUGGUACAAAAGAUGCACGAAGGAUGUGCACGUGGUGCGGACGGCCCGGCCUUGGAGUUUACAAAAGCUAUCACGCGGGCUUUGUCCGUUGGAAAAGAAAUCGAGGAACAAGUAACAACGAUGCGUCGCAACAUGCUGCUCCUCAUCGGGGUAGGCGAUUUUAGUGAUAAGGCCACAUGGAAGGAAUCCGUCAAAUCCUUCGUUCUCACCGAGGUCAUGUGUCGGGCAUGCAAUCACUGCCGUGAUCUAGAUCUUUGUAAGGACUCUCACCGUGCCUUAAAGGAUGGCAAUCAGCCCGUGUGGCUAUGUGCGCAGUGCAACGUAGAUUACGACAAUGUGGAAAUCGAAAUGCGACUCUUAGACGCGGUACAGCGGAAACUCAUGUCGUAUACGCUGCAGGACUUGCGUUGCGUAAAGUGCAAACAGAUCAAACGCGAAAAUCUAUCUCAGCGUUGUACAUGCACAGGAAGCUUCGAAAAUCUUAUCUCUGCGGCUGAGCUGCGCCGUUUGUUGCUAACGUUCCAGACGCUGGCCAAAGAAUACCACAUGCAGGUGCUAGAUGAAACAGUUCAGCACAUUUUAAACACAAGCGUCACUUCGAGGUAG